AUGGUAUUGACAGGCUAUUAUAGUUUUACAAAAAUCGAAGUUUGGGUGAAUAAAGCUGGAGGCAGGGCAGCACCAUGGGACUGGGAACGAUCCAGAGACAACUACUGGAAAUAUGGCACCGUUUAUUUUGACCCGGAUGGCCGAACACGCAAGCGUUGUGAGUUGAUGGAGAUGCUUCAGGACGAGAUGUUGGCAGCAGCGAAGAAAAGAGGAACGCGUUGA